AUGCCGUUAAUGUUUGUUCUUUUCCAUUUAUCUCCCCCUCUCUCUUUACUGUCUCGCUCCACUUGCUCUGCGGCGUGGCAGUGUGAGAUGACGGCGUGGGUGAGUCCGAGCGCCAUAUUCAUGUGGACCAACGCCAACACCACCAAGCUCAGCCAGCAGACGCGAUGCCCCAAGAAAAAGCUCGAUGAUUUCAAGGCAGCGUUGGAGGAGGCUCAGGAGGUUGACAGCAGGACCAAGGGGAAGUCGGCUGGGUGCACUGGAACAGCAGGAGGGCUAGCUGCUAACGCCGCCUCAGCACCUCAGAAGCAGCAGGAGGGCGACGGUUCGAGUGCACAGCAGCCGGUGCACCUGUCACAGGAGAUACAUGACGAGGAGGGCUGUUGUGUGCACUGCCGCGUGCAUGACUACACGCGCAGCUUUGGCCCCAGCUGUGCGGAGGAGGUGCAGGGAGUGAAGGUGCACGCCUCAGUGCUCAACAGCGAUGUGGAAUGCCCUUGCUCCCCCUCCUGCGCCAAGGUGGCGGCGGAGCUGAAGGGCGUGGAGGGCAAGAGAGGGGAGAUCUCCCCUCUCCAUGCAGCUCGCCCGAUACAAUGA